AUGCCUCAAACGUUGCUUCACCAUCACUACAACGGUCAUAAUGGUCAUGCUAUGACCAACGGUCAUCACAAUGGCUACCCGAACGGUCAUGUAAACCACAACGGUCAUACGAACCAUAAUGGUCAUGGUCAUUACAUCCAGAACGGUCAUGCCAAAACAAAUGGUCAUAUUGGCGGCGGCAGGGGCAAUAGAAAGAUAGCCGACAACGUAUGCACCAUAAUAAAAUUCAAACGUGACUUGGAAAAACGAAAAAUACACAGCACCCUGAAAAAUCAACACGUUUACUUGGAAAAACCAAGCGAAUCCGAACUUUCGUCAAAUGGUAAUGGAAGGGCGUGGAUGAAUGGGCACGUAAAACCAGAGGAUAAACAGUCGACUUUGUCUAGAUAUUGCACCACAGAACGUCAACGAACCCCACCAACAAACUACCAGGCCAUCAAAAGAACAUGUCGCGAAAGAGGAUCUCUGUACGAAGACCCAGACUUUCCCGCCAACCAAAAAUCCCUGUACCACCACAAAAAACCGUCCCUGCAACCGUUAGUAUGGAUGCGACCUCACGAAAUUUGCCAGCGCCCAAAAUUUAUAGCGGAAACGAACCCAGAAACGUACAGGUUUGCCGUAGAAGCAGGCGAGUUGGGAGACCAAUAUUUGUUGAGUGCUGUAGCAUCUUUGGCUUUAACUCCGAAAUUCUUGGACCGGGUAGUACCACCCGAACAAGGGUUUGAUACUACGGCUUCCUAUUGCGGAGUGUUUAUAUUUCGUUUCUGGCAUUUUGGAGAAUGGAGAGACAUAGUGAUAGACGACAGGCUACCAACCUACAAGGGUAGAUUGGUACACCUGCACAGCUCAAAUAACACCGACUUCUGGGCUGCCCUGCUAGAAAAAGCCUAUGCCAAAUUUUAUGGUUGUUACGAAAAUUUGCAGCAAGGCUCUACGACAAGGGCGCUUCAAGAUCUGACAGGUGGUAUCGUGCAAAGUUUCGGGCUGACCCACCAGGACAGGUUCUUGACUUUUCAAGUGCUUAACAGCGCCGUCCCCAGGUCUAGUCUCUUAAUAGCGACAAUAACUCAGGAAAAAGACAAUAAGCGCCAGUUAAGACUGCGCAAUGGCCUUAUAACGCACCACGCGUACAGCGUGACGGGAUUGGCUAGAGUACGGGGCGCAACAGGUGAAACCCCGCUAGUUCGACUUCGGAACCCCUGGGCUAGAGGGGAAUGGACUGGGGCGUGGAGCGAGAGAUCCUGGGAAUGGGACGGACUUUCCAACCGCGACAAAGAGUUGCUUAGCGUCAGGGUGACCAACGAGGGAGAAUUCUGGAUGUCAUUCGACGAUUUCGCAAGGCAUUUCACGCAGUUAGAUUUAGUGCAUAUAGGGCCGGACGAUUGGAUGAUGGAAGGGGCGCUUCAUUCCAAACAGCCUUGGCGCGCUGUUUUGGCGCGUAGAAGAUGGCGGGCUGGAUACAACGCUGGGGGUGGCCCCACUUAUACAGAAACCACCGCUAUGAACCCGCAGUUUCACGUUCAGAUUCCCAGGAGUUCCAGUAAUAAAUGUCAUGUGGUUGUUAGUAUUACGCAGUAUUAUGAGACUAGUAUACAAGAUGUAAAGAAAAAGAAGCCCUUAUAUGCUAUUGGGUUUGCUGUCUAUGAAAUACCUCAUUCUAUGCAGAGGUUGACUCCACAUUUUGUGACGGAACAAAAACCUCUGGACGUAACCAAUCACUCUGUAGCAAGGGAGGUGGUUACAUUCUUUACUUUACCUCCAGGUGAUUACAUAGUGGUCCCUCAAACAAAUAUACCAAAUCUGGAUGGUAAAUUCCUACUCAGAAUUUUCACUGAUGAACAGAGCAACAUUUGGGAAGUAAAUGAAGACAACGUGAUAAUACGCAACAUAUCCUCUGAAUUCGUAGACGAAAAUUCAUCACCAAUCCUGACGGACAAUAAGUCAGUUCUCUCGAAAAUGCUUCUUAAAUACCCACCUGAAGUCGAUGCUAGUCAACUACAAAAAAUCUUGAAAUCUCAAUGGAAGGCCUACCUAACAGAAAAACCAACUUUAGAACUCUGCAAAAGCCUUAUUAUGCUGAGGGAUUACAAUAUAAGCGGCAGAAUAACCCUUAUCGAUAUACCUGUGUUGAUGCACAUGCUACAGUUUUGGAGGAUGGCGUUCCAAAAAUUCAGCCACAACAGCGGCAAAACAUCAAGCUACAACCUAAGAGCCUUACUUUGGGAAGCAGGGUGUACAGUUAGCAAUAAGGUUUUAGAAUGCUUAGUGUUAAGAUUCGCCAAAAAUCGAAUUUUAACCACAGAAAAUUACAUUAUGGCCUUGGUUAGGUUGCAUUUGUCCCAUGAGAGGUACCAUAAUUUGGACACCAAAAUGAAGAGCAACCCGUUGUCAUUGGAAGAAAUGAUUUUAAUGACGAUAUAUUCGUAA